CUCUGAUAAGAUCCAACAUGGGUUCACAUGUAGGUUCCCUGUUUUCCAAGUUAUCAUCUUGGCACUCCAUGAUCAAGCAAGCUUCGAUCCAUGGAAAAUGGCGGGAAGUGCUAUCUGGGUAUUGUGAAAUGCAGAGAUCUGGGCAUCGACUCGAUGACCCUUUCACUCUUCCCGUCGUACUCAAAGCUUGUGCGAAGCUUUCAUGGUUGUUUCACGGUAGAUGUAUCCAUGGGAGCCUGAUCAAAAGAGGAUUGGAUUCCUCUAUUUCCGUUGGGAACUCCAUUGCCGAUUUCUACAUAAAAUGCGAAGACUUAUCUUCGGCGAUUCGAGAAUUUGAUUCUAUGAGAUGGAGAGAUUCUGUAACUUGGAACAUCAUCGUUUUUGGUCUUCUGGAUCGCGGUUUUGCAGAAGAAGGGCUAUGGUGGUUCUCCAAGUCAAGAGCUUGGGGAUUCGAACCCAAUGUCUCUUCCAUUAUUCUCGUGAUUCACGCGUUCCGAAAUCUCGGGAGGCAUCUCGAUGGAGAGAAGAUCUAUGGCUACGUGAUCCGAAGCGGGUUCAUGAACAUUCCUUCAGUUCAGAACUCAAUCUUGUCCAUGUAUGCUGAGUUCGAUUGUACGGAAAGUGCACGCAACCUGUUCGAUGAAAUGUCCGAAAGAGAUGUCAUUUCUUGGAGCGUCAUGAUCGGAAGUUAUGUCCGAAACCAGGAUCCUCUUAUCGGUUUGCAGUUCUUUCAGAAGAUGGUUCACGAGGGAGAGACAGAACCAGAUGGCGUAACAGUAACAACUGUUCUCAAAGCCUGUGCGGUUAUGGAGGACAUUGAAUUCGGAAGAUCAGUCCAUGGAUUCGUCAUCCGUAAAGGUCUCGGAUUCGCGGAUGAAUUCGUGGGCAAUUCGCUGAUCGAUAUGUAUUCGAAGAGCGGUGACAUUGAUUCAGCAUCUCGAGUGUUCCAUGAGAUGAGUGAUAGAAACAUAGUUUCGUGGAAUUCGAUUCUGUCUGGGUUUGUACGCAACGAAAGGUACAAUGAAGCGCUUCUGCUCUAUCGGAUGAUGGAAAGGGUAGCCAUUGAUGGAGAUGAAGCAACUCUCGUGAGUCUUCUCCAGGUCUGCAAGUUCUUGGAGCUGCCAUUGCAGAUCAAGUCAAUCCACUGUGUGAUUAUCCGGUAUGGAUACGAAACAAACGAGCAGUUGUCGAGUUCUUUGAUCGAUUCUUACACAAACUUCAACCUCGUCGAUCAAGCGAGAAUCUUGUUCGAUGCCAUGACAUGCAAAGACGUGGUUUCGUGGAGCACGAUGAUCUCUGGAUUCGCUCGGUCUGGCAGACCUGAUGAAGCAAUCUCAAUCUUUCGUCGGAUGGGCGACAUUCCCAACGCGAUCACCGUUACUAACCUUCUCGAUGCUUGCUCAGUUACUGCAGAUCUGAGAAUAUCUAAAUGGGCACAUGGAAUCGCUGUUCGAAGAGGCUUCACCACUGUAAAUGCCUCGGUUGCCACUGCUCUCGUCGAUGCAUACGCGAAAUGCGGAUCUAUAGAUAUUGCCAAGAGAGCGUUCAAUCAAAUCCCGACGAAAAAUGUCGUUUCUUGGACAGCGCUCAUAUCAGCGUACGCCAUGAACGGUUUACCAGACCAAGCCUUAGCUGCGCUGGACGAGAUGAAACAACAUGGCGUCGCACCGAACUCCAUAACUUAUCUCUCAGCUCUAUCGGCUUGCAGCCAUGGCGGAUUGAUCGAACAAGGCCUCGGGAUCUUCCAUUCAAUGAUUCAAGACCAUGGCAAGGUAAAACCUUGGAUGUCGCCGCACUAUUCUUGCAUCGUGGACAUGCUUAGCAGGGCGGGAGAGGUCGAGAAGGCGUUGGAAUUCGUCAAGAACCUUCCGGAAGACGUCAAUGCAGGGGUUUCCACUUGGGGAGCGGUUCUGAGCGGUUGCAGAAGCCAUGGAAGAAGCGAGAUAACCUCGGAGGUGGUAACAGAGGUUCUUGAGCUCGAACCGUCGUGUUCUUCAGGGUAUUUGCUUGCUUCGAAAGCUUUCGCCGCCGAGAAACUAUGGGAUAAUGCGGCAACGAUGCGACGGCUGGUGAAGCAGAGAAGGGUUCGUGUCGUUGCCGGUUACAGUAUGGUUCAUGUCGGGAAGGUUUCUCGGAGGUUUAUGGCCGGGGAGAAGGAGGUGGGACUGAGUGAUGACUUCGAGAUAAACGACGUCGUUUGGAGGCUGCAUGAGUGUAUGGAAAUAGACGAAACUUGGGAUGGGUAUUAGGCCCAAUGGGCCUGGCCUGAUACUCAUAUGUGGAAACGACGUCGCUUUUGGUGUAUGGGU